CCUCCUCCCAGCCACCAGUGGACAAGGCGGCUACCCCCACGCCCUCCCAGACCCCCAGGACCCCUACCCCGCCCCCCGCCACGCCCCCCGCCACGCCCCCUCCCUCUUAAGUGGCGGUGGCGCUGGUGGUGGUGGAUCUCGGGCGGAAAUUUUGACCCCAGACGGCGCAGGAGUAGAAGAGGAUUGGCCUGAGAAAAUACCCCAGAAAAUUCCCCAGAAAAUUCCCCAGAUUACCCCGAGGAAGCAGAGAAGAGCGCCGAAAACACCCCAGGACGCAAGAAAUUCCCUAGAUUUUUCCCUAGAUAUGCCUCAAAAUACCCUAGAUUCUUCCCUGGUACCUCUAAGCAUCCUGGACUCCCCCUAGAUUCGUCUCAGAAUACCCUAGAAAACACCUUGGUACCUCAAAAUAUCCUGGAUUCCCCUAUAGACUCGUCUCAGAAUACCCUAGAAUGCCCCUUGGUACCUCAGAAUACCCUAGAUUUCUCCCUAGACUCAUCUCAGAGCGCCCUAGAUGCCCGGCCGAGACAUUACAAGGCAGGGAAGAGAGACGGGGCAGAAGAGAGACGAAAAAUUGAAGGAACAGAAUUAGAAUAUGGAGAGAAAGAGAGAGAGAAGGGAAAAAACAGUGAGAAAAUGAAGAGAGAGGGAAACUGCAGUGAGGAAAUGAAGGAAGGGGAGAUGGGAAGGAUGAUAACAGCGAACGAGAGAGAUGGGAAAUUUGAGAGAAACGGAAAAAAUCUAAGAAAAAUGAUGGAGAUUUUGAAGAACGCGGGUGAAGAGGAGAGGGAAACAGACGAGGAACUGACAGACACACGGAAAAAUCAGAACAUGAAGGAAACAGAGACAGGAAACCAGGAAAAACCGAAGCCAAACAGGGCCAAAACUCAAGCGAACCAGGAAAAAACCAAUAAACAGCCGGAAAUAUACAAAAAAACAACCACAAACAUAGAAAAUCCAACAAAAACAGGUCGUAGCAUUUCAAAGGACCCUCACCAACCAGUUCCCAAGGUCAGAACGGAGCCAGAGACGUUGGAAUUAAAAAACAGGGGAGAAAUACCCUUGGGAACUCCCCUUGACAGCCCUAGUGCCAGUAUUAGCAGCCGGACCAGUAGUUUGGACAGUCGGGCCUCCAUCCCAACCUUCCGAAUGGUGAAGCAGGGCCAGAUGCUGCGGCAGAGGGAGAAUAAACAGGCAGAAGGCGUGGAUGAAGAAGAAAAAGGAUUUAAAGCUUAUAUAGCGGACGGAAAGACUCAAAAAUUGCAGCAUGAUUGGAAAUUCGAGUCCUGUAAGAGUUCUAGUUCUCAGAGCAGUGCCAGUUUGGAGAAGGGUGCCAAGGGGGGUGCCAAGAAGAGGAAUAAGGCGUUGGGCAGUCUCUCCAGGGUGUUCAAGAAGGGUGCCAGACAUAAUGGGUCUCUGGAACGUGCCAAAAAUCACUCAUUUGACUCUCUUGAUUCAAAUGAAAGUGAUUUUGACAUUGAUGAAGGAAUGUUUGAACCUAGAUACUUAACUGGAGAGAAGAGGACUACCACACCUGCCCACACACCUGCCCACACACCUGCCCACACACCUGCUGAGCCCCCAACAACCGCUAAACCUAACCUAACCCCAGUACACCCCAAAACCUCAACACCACAGGAAGGCCCACACCCCCCUCCCACACCCCCCUGCCGUGUCCCCACUCACCCCCCUAAGCCCCCGGGGAGGAAGAGAGCCCCUCUACCCCCUGGCACCCCGGAACCCCCGCAGCAACGCACACGCACGCACGCACACACAAAUGAAAACACAUGUGGAUUUGAAGACCCCAAAAACUUACAUGAACCGUUGUGUGUACGUGGGGAAAAACGUACAUAUGUGGACGUAUCGAGCCAUGUACGUAAUGGAGACAGCCACGUGUGCGCCCCCCAUCCACGCCGGAGGGGGAGGGGCUGGAGGAAAAAUACCUCCAUCAUUUUGCAAAACUGGAGGAAAUUGAUUUGGAACUUCUUUCAUUGCUGUCAGAGGAUGGGGUUGACUCCUCCUCCUCCUCCUCCUCCUCCUCCUCCUCCUCCUCCUCCUCCUCCUCUUCUCCCUCGCCCAAGAGAGUGCCAGGGGUGGUUGUGGGCAAGACAGUGCCACUACAACCCCACGAAAUGAAGGCAGUGCCACUUGAACACCAAACAGUGCCAGAAAACAAGCAUUCCAACAAGACAGUGGCUCUACAACACCAGAUACCCACGACAGUGCCACGUGAAGCCAAAUUAACCAAAGCAGUGCCACUUGAAGAUCCAGCAGUGCCAGAAAACGACAAUUCCCGCAAGACAGUGCCGGAAAAACCCAAACUUAACCCUGUAAUGCCACCAAAACCUGAAUUUAAACGUACAGUGCCAGUCAGUGCCAACCCCGAGCCACCAGCGGCUCGCCCCCUCGCAGCAGUGCCAGCGAGGAGUACUGGGAGCUACAGUGCCGGGUACUUAGCCAUGGUAUCACAGUUGCACGCGAGGGAGAGUGCCACGGCCCCAAGGAGUGCCAAACUCACUAGGCAGUAUGCAGUCACCACCAUCACCACCUCAACCACACCUUCAUCCACCUCUCUGUGCUCUGAUUCAGACCACGAGGUGCAAACAAGACGGACAAGCUUUUCCUCAGAAUCAAGCGAAGAGGAAGAAGAAGAGGAGGAGGAAGAAGAAGAUGAAGAAGAGGAGGAGGAGGAAGAGGAGGAGGAGGAAGACAGACAGACAGACAGUGAGAGUGAGAUAAACAGACAUACACACACACAAUUAGCAGAAAAUAGCAAUAAUAAUGACAAUUCAAUAGACACCCCAGAAAUACCACAAAAGAAAACGGGAGUUCAAACCCUGGCAACCGAUUCCACGUUUUCUAUGACUACUGGAAGGGGUGGCUAUGGAAGAGGAAGAGGAAGAGGAGACGGAAGAAGAGGAGAGUGAGGAGGAAGAAGAUGAUGAAGAAGAGGAGGAGGAGGAGGAAGAGGAGAGACCAGUACCUCAAACUUCUUCUUCCUCUUCUGAAUCAAGCGAAGAAGAAGAGGAGGAAGAGGAGGAAGAGAAAGAAAAUGGAAUAUCUUGGAAUUUCACAUUACCUGAACCACCUACACCAUUUAAGGACGACCCAGGUUCCCCCAGUGCCAGUAGACAGUGCCAGGACAGUGCCACGCCCCCACAGACAGUGCCAGGGGGGCCAGUAGUGCCACAGAGAGCCUGGAGAGAAAGCUGGCCACUCAGGACACAGAUGCUGAAGAAACACGAAGAAGAAGAAGGAGGAGAAGAGAUGAUUCCUCCUCCUCCUCUUCCUCCUCCUCCUCCUCCUCCUCUUCGGAAGUGGAGGAGGAAGGAGAGGAGAGGAAGAGGAACAUGAUUAAUGAGCUGAAAACGGCAAUUAGAAGCGUAAGAACUGAACCGAGAAUUAUUGAAAUCCGGCCAAAAGCAAAUAUUGUUUAUCAGAGUCACCCACAGUUACCCACAAGUUUCUCCGAUCUGCAGGGCUCCACACCCGCUCCACAGGGCCGGGCGAACACCCCAGACACACCCGCACCCAGGGCAACCCACACCCGCCUGGAAUCCACCUCUACCUAUGAAAGCUGUGAGGAAUUCCAAGGGCUUGCUCGAUCACACUCAUCUUCAGCAGCAAGUUACGACAGUGCCCCUCCACCUCUUCCUGACACGUCUCCCCCGGUUGUGGCGCCCCUGGUGGCCCCACAGGAGGUGCCCCCACGUUCUCCAGUCCCCCAGGAGCCCCCACAGCAAGCCACAAGGUCAGGGCCGGCUAGGGUACAGCACUACAAGCCCCCAUCUGUAAAUUUUUCAAUCUCUACAUACACUUCUCGUUCGGAAGAGAAAAGUUAUGACAAAAAACUCGUCAAAACUGAUUCCUUCAGCCAAGAUACCCCUGCCGCAGCCUCCACCGCACCUCCUACCACAGCACCAGCCCCUGCCACAGCACCAGCCCCCGCCACAGCAGCCAAAACAGCGACAAACACAGCACCAUCUAAACCAAUCCUCCCAGACAAGCCGUUUUUCAAGGAGUUUUCAGCAUCUUCCCGCCUCGCUCAGGGCCCAACGAGGUGGAUCCCCCGCGUGGCUGACGGGGAGAGGCGCCCCCCGACCUUCAGGCACCCCGCUGCCCCACGUAGAGUGCAGCGUGGAGGCAGCAUCAAUUCUCCCUUGGGCCGCGCUAGUUCGUUGGGCAAUCUGUCAGUGUUGGAGAGGGAACUUCUUAACCGUGCCCAAAGUUCCAGUGAUUUGUCCCCUGG